UAUCUCUUCGCGUGAAUGCUUCCAUCUCCACAUCUAACCUGCGAACACUUCAAAGUCAAUGACUAUAAUCUGAGAUCCUCUUUAUCUCCAGCGUGUUUAGGAAUGGCCAUACUAUAUAACUUGGUUCAUCGAUCUUUAUUUCAACUCUUUACAUUAAGGCAUCUCAGUACAUCGGAAGAGUUUCUUAAAAACAUCAGUAGGCAUGCAGAUGACAUCGCUUGGAGUUUGACGUGCUGCACGAGGUUAUCGAAGACCAUGGCCAAGAGCAAACUAAGAGGACAGAGGUCCAGAAAUGUAUUUCACAUAGCCAGCCAAAAAAACGUUAAGACUAAAAACAAAGCAAAACCGGUUACCACUAAUCUUAAGAAGAUAAACAUUGUGAAUGAUGAAAACGUUAACAGAGUGAAUAAAGCUUUUGUAGAUACACAAAAGGAACUUGCACAUUGCUCCAAAGGACUCUCCCUUGAACCUCUGCAGAAACAGCUGAUUCCUCAGCAGUGUCGUGAAAACGAAUCAGUUAAUGUUGAUGAAGCGACAAGAUUGAUGGCUCAAUUGUAAUACACCGGUGAUACAUCAAAUACCCCAAGAAGACCAAUACAUUAAAUGUUUUAUACAAAAAUAAAAUCAGUAAUAAUUGGGA